AUGGCUCAAAGCACGUUCUUAUGCACUCACGACGACCGGCAUUAUGAGAACGUCGCUGCACUCGCUCUCCAUUCCUUUGAUCCAUAUCCCAGCCCCUACCCACCCCUCAUCCUCCUCCUCACCCGCCUCGUCCCCAUUCUCCUCACCCCCUCACCCUCUCUCUCACCCUCUUCGUUCUCACUCUCCCCACUCCCCUCACACUCUCACCCUGCUCUUCCCACUUCUUUCGCACUCUCCCUCCAGACAUGCUCUCUCUUGUCGCACGUGGAUCGCAGCCUCUCGUUCAUGGACCACAGCGUCGAGCACCGAUUCGACUACCAGCAGCGUGCAGUGAAUCUGGACAGGGAGCUCUUCCUUUCCAAAUUCCCCACCCUCCUCCACACACACUACCACCCACACACUCCCUUCCUCCCUCUGCCCACCAGCUACCGGCAGCGUGCAGUGAAUCUGGACAGGGCGCUGUUCCAGGAGCACAAAGGGCACAAGCUCAUGCGGGACGUGCGGCCUGCUGCCACUCGCUUCCAUGUUUUCAUGGGCUGCAACUGGAUCAAGGCGUCUCGCCCCUUCCUGCGCUAUGGGAGCCCACCUCUUGACUUCUCCGCUGCACGAGCCCACCACUCGUUCCUCAUCCACUGGCCACGCCGCAUCCUCAUGUACACGGCUGACGUCAUCGACUCAGACGAGCACUACUUCAGCACCGUCGCCUGCCCCGCGCCCCGCUUCAACCACUACCUCCUCAACGCUAGUCUCCAUUUCGCUACCUUCGCCAAGGCCCAAGGGCAGCCCAGUACGUAUUAG